AUGGGGGGCUUGCUUCUCAGAUGUGCCGCUGGCAACGCCCCAGGAGCGCCCGGCAUUGCCAGGAACCGCCGGGCAUUGCCAGGAACCGCCCGCCGCAGAACCUCCAACCCAUUGCUCCCGGAUGCAUUUGGUGAUGUGGCCAGUGUGAACGGAAACGGUGAGAACUCAGCCAGAGCUUUUAUGGAGCAGAGCUCCCCGCCCCAGGCUAAGGCCCCUGAACCCAAAAGGCGGAUCCUCCUGUGUAGUCCUGGUCACCUCCAGACAUGGUGUGGCCACCAGCAGCUCCACGGGGCCCCCUGGUGGCCGGAGAAGUCGCUGUGGCUACAAAGGCGGCGAAUGAUCCUGGACAUCCACUGCCCUAGGACCUUUCUCAGCGACCCAGAAGGCCAGCCAGGAGCGUCUCUGGACCCCGACAUCCCUAGCAUCCCCGAGCUGUCCCUGUCCCUGACCCUGUCCCUGCAGGAAUGCUCGCCCUAUGCAGCCCAUCUCUAUGACGCCGAGGACCCGUCCACGCCCCUGCGCACCCUGCCCGGGCUCUGCGAGGACUACUGCCUGGACAUGUGGCAGACCUGCCGGGGCCUGUUCCGCCACCUGUCGCCCGACCGCAAGCUCUGGGCCCUGGAGGGCGACCGCGCCAAGUUCUGCCGCUACCUGUCCCUGGACGACACCGACUACUGCUUCCCUCGCCUGCUGGUCAACGAGAACCUCAACUCGAACCUGGGCCGCGUGGUGGCCGACGCCAAGGGCUGCCUGCAGCUGUGCCUGGAGGAGGUGGCCAACGGGCUGCGCAACCCCGUGGCCAUGGUCCACGCCCAGGACGGCACCCACCGCUUCUUCGUGGCUGAGCAGGUGGGGCUGGUGUGGGCCUACCUGCCCGACCGCUCGCGGGUGGAGAAACCCUUCCUGAAUAUCAGCCGGGCGGUGCUCACCUCGCCCUGGGAGGGCGACGAGCGGGGCUUCCUGGGUGUGGCCUUCCACCCCCGCUUCCGGCACAACGGCAGGCUCUACGUCUACUACUCGGUGGGGGUCGACUUCCACGAGUGGAUCCGCAUCAGCGAGUUCAGGGUCGCGGAGGACGACGCGAACGCCGUGGACCACAGCUCUGAGAGGAUAAUCCUGGAGAUUGAAGAACCAGCGGCGAACCACAACGGGGGCCAGCUGCUCUUUGGGGACGAUGGGUACCUCUACAUCUUCACCGGAGAUGGCGGGAUGGCCGGAGACCCCUUUGGAACGUUUGGAAAUGCCCAAAACAAGUAUGUCCUGCUUUUGACUCAGGACCACCCGCAACGAUUUGUUGGGGGGGUGCUGAUCCCUUCCACUCACCCCAGCUUCCCCCACCCUGCAGAUGAUGUGCUGCCCAUAUUUGCCUACCCACACAAGCUGGGCAAGUCGGUCACUGGCGGCUACGUAUACCGGGGCUGCGAGUACCCCAACCUGAACGGCCUCUACAUUUUCGGCGAUUUCAUGAGCGGGCGCCUGAUGUCCCUCCGAGAGAGCCCGGGGCCGGGCCAGUGGCAGUACAGCGAGCUCUGCAUGGGCCGCGGCCAGACCUGCGAGUUCCCGGGCCUCAUCAACAACUACUACCCACACAUCAUCUCCUUCGCGGAGGACGAGGCUGGGGAGCUGUACUUCAUGUCCACGGGCGUGCCGAGUGCCACAUCAGCUCGUGGGGUCAUCUACAAGAUCAUCGACCCCUCCAGACGGGCACCCCCCGGCAAGUGUCAGAUCCAGCCGGCCCAGGUGACGGUGAGAAGCCGCCUCAUCCGCUUUGUGCCCAAAGAAAAGUUCAUCCGGAGGGCCGAGAGCACCCCGCGGCCCACAACGCCCGCGGGCCGCGCGCUGCCCAUCCUGCUGGAUGACGUGCGCUGUGCGGGCGACGAGAAGACCCUGCUGGAGUGCAGGCACAGGGGCCUGGGCACGCACAACUGCAGACACGAGGAGGACGCGGGCGUCAUAUGCAGCCAUGAGGACCCCGACCGUGGGCGAGGGUAGCGGUCCGGCCCGGCUGUCCUGCCUCGGGUCGGAGCCUGGCAGGGCCCUCCGCCUGUGUGUGCCUGGGGCGUGCGCCGGAGUGGAGGGUGGAGGUGGCCAUGGGUGUGGUGUAGAGGGUGGCGCAUCUGAAUGCGGCCCUCACUGACCUGUGCCAGGUACACGGUGUUCUCUGUGUGUCCCUGCUCACGUGUCCCGUGUGUGCUGGGCCGGGGCCCUGCAGGGUUGGUCCUGGUCUUUUCUUACCUCCGAGCAGCGGCAUGAACGCGGUCUGGCCUGGGGACCCUGAGCACUGAGGGCAGCCACCCAUUAGGGACAGACAUGGCCCCUGGCUGUGUUAACAGAGGCCCGGCCGGUGGACCGAGGGAGGGGACCAGGCCUGCCCUGCCAGGGCUGGAGCAGAAGGCCCCAGAGCAGCCGAGGAAUGUGUGGCUGAGGAGGGUGGCCCCGCAGUCAGGCACUGCAGAGGGCGGGAACGCAUCGGUGGGAACAUGUCUGCCCCUCCCCGUGAGGGUCAGGCUGCCUGGGAGGAAGCAGU